AUGACUGACGACGACCUUGAGCAAAUUAUCCUCCCCCUCGAGUCGGGAAGUGAAUGGCGUUUCGAGCUGGAAGGAGACGAGAACAUUGCACUGAGGGUCCACUCCACCGACCCGGUCUACCUCAACGGCGAGGAACUCCCUCCGACAACAUGGUACCCGAUCCACCGGUAUACAAAGGGUGCCAUCUACUCGCCUACCGAGGGCAAGCUUGAACUGUCCUCGCUCCCCGCGUCGCAGUACACUUCCACCAGCACCACUCAGCUCCACCUCCACUCACUUCACCUUGCGCUUGAGCGUCUUCGCAUCCUCGCCCGCCGCGCAGGCAAUGUCACUGUUGAGCCUGGACCUUUCAGUGGCCCUUCUCCUGCGGUCACAAACCCCGCCGCACGCGGACCCCGCGUCAUGGUCCUUGGCCCACCAAGCAGCGGCAAGACGACCGUGGUCAAGAACCUCGUCAACAUGGCUCUGGGUAGUGGAGUGGGGUGGAAUGUCGGUGUGGCGGGUCUGGACCCAUCAAGUCCUUCCAACCUCAUCCCCGGAACUCUCUCGCUCUCUUCCCCAGCACACCCUAUCCCGACCCACCAUGUUGCGCACCCUCUUGGCUCUCCACCCGCCUCCCUGCCGAGCAACACCCUCUCGGCGGAUGUCCCCACCCUUGGAUGGUGGUACGGCCAGCUCGAGCCCACCACCCGCGGUGUGCCAAUCUGGAGCAAGAUUGUGACUGCGAUGGGAGACGUAUGGUCUGAGCGAUGGCGCAAGGACCCGCUCCUCGCCGCGUCGGGCCUGUUUGUCGACGCUCCCUCUGGCUUCGCCAACCCCCUCCUGGGACAGACCAAGGACGACCGCUCACGAUACCCUCUCCUCACCCAGGCCAUUGACGCUUUUGACAUCGACCUCGUUAUCGUUAUUGGCCUUGAAAAGCUCACGAUCGAACUCCAGCGCAUCCUCGCCUCGCGCGGCACCAAGGUCAUCCAGCUCCCCAAGUCGGGCGGCGUAGUCGACCUCGACGACACGUACCGCGAGAUUGCGCACGCCCAGCAGGUCCGUUCGUACUUUUACGGCGAGCCCGCGCUGCCCGCCAACCUCUCGCGUCUUGUGGGGCGUACAGUGCCCCUCGGCCUGCAGCUGUCGCCGUACAGCUUCCAGAUUGGCUGGGACACGCUCCACGUCCUCCGCGUGGGUGAGGGCAGCGCCGCGCCGUCCAGUGCCCUCCCGCUCGGCAGCUCGCACAUUCUGUCGCCGACCCGCCUCAGCCGCGUGGAUCCCGGCGGACCCGCGCACGUCGUCCGCCUGCUCAACAUGGUCCUUGCCAUUGUGGCCAUUACGCCCGAGGACCGCAUUGCUCCCGUGGCUACCGACGAGGUCAAGGAAGAGGUCAAGGAGGAAGCCGAGGGCGGUGGCGGCGGUGGAGACGAGGACGAGCCUGAUGCCGUGGCUGGUAAAGUGGAGCUGGACGAGGACGAGGUGCCGUUCCGCGAGGAGAUUGGAUGGCGCGAGGUCCUGGGCUUUGUGGUGAUCACGGGCAUUGACGCUCUGAAGCGUAAAUACACCGUCCUGUCGCCUAGCCCCGGAAAGCUGCCCUCCACUGUCGCCAUUGCGGGUGCCAUUGAGUGGGUGGACUCGGCGUAG